AUGGACUGGCUGAGACCAGACCCAGAACUGAUAUGCUCGAAAUGGACCGACUUUCUAUCGGACCCAUCGAUCUCCCUCAACCAACUCAAGAGAACUGCCUUCCAAGGAAAGAUCACCAUCCUCAGAUCAGUCUACUGGAGAAUCUUCCUUGGACAAUUACCAACACCUCCACGUCAAUCAAAGAAGCUAUCCAAUUUCACCCUAACCAGUUGGACGUUUGGCUUAGAAAGAUCUAGAUCAGACUGGGAAACCCUUCGUCAAAAAUAUCUCAGAGCUCCAGAUGGUCUAUGGUUGGAGGAUUCUGUGGAGAGCUCCUCAGAUUACAAUCUACCUCUUAAAUCGAACGACCAAGCUCUCUCUACUCAUCUCUCAACUGCCAAUUCUCAGCCCAUAGAUCUCGGGGUGAACAACCCUCUGAGUCAGCACGAGGAUAAUCCUUGGCAUGUAUGGCUACGCGACCUUGAGUUACGUAAAAUCAUCAAGCAAGAUGUCGUUCGAACCUUUCCCGAACUCGAUUACUUUCGACAAACACGCGUACAAGUGAUGCUUAUCAACAUUCUUCAUGUGUAUUGUAAACUUCAUGAAGAUCUUGGAUACCGGCAAGGGAUGCAUGAGGUCCUUGGCGUCCUCUUAGAAACACUCGACUUAGAUUCAUUAGACCCUCCGAGCGAAGGAAAGCCAGCCUUGGUUCAUCAAAUAUUAUCCAGAGAGUACCUAGAGCAUGACGCGUUCAGUCUGUUCUCACUACUCAUGCGGCCGAUGAAAAUUUGGUACGACCCUAACUUGUCCAUGCCACUUCGAGAUCUUGCUAACAGCCAGACCACACCAUUGACGUCGGUCGGCUUUGUGCCAUCUCAACUUGCUGCGAUCCAUCCAGCUCCCGCAAACACCGCUUGUCCUGAUGAUUCGCUAGUCCAUCCUAUCGUUGACAAAUGCGCCUCGAUCUUCCACGUCUAUCUCAAACAUGCCGACCCAGAACUCUGGGCUCAUCUUGAGAAACUAGAUAUCGAACCUCAGUUGUGGGGGAUCCGAUGGUUGAGACUAUUGUUUACGAGAGAGUUCACUUAUCAAGAAAGUUUGUCACUUUGGGAUGGUAUCUUUGCUCAAGACGGAACUUCUUUACGAUUGGCAGACUUCGUCUGCAUUGCCAUGUUAUUGCGAAUACGCGAAGGUCUUCUAGAAUCAGAUUAUACUGGCGCACUACAGCUGAUACUCAGAUUCCCUCGACCAACAGACGGAGAUUCGAAGAUUGACUUGUUACUCUAUCAAGCUAUCUUACUUUACCAAUUCCCGACCCCCGACACGGUUCUGUUGAUCAUCCGCCAAAACGUUGACUUGCAACUGUUUACUGGCGAACUGUCCUCAUCCCAAGAUUCAAGUUCUUGGUUUAGCAUGAGGCGCAGACCCACAUCUUCAUCAACCACCACACAUUCGCGAGACUUGCUGAGUCGUAAACAGCAACCUGCACCAACUGAGACGGCAUCCAAUCCGAUAAAUAACAGCAGAGCGAACCCAUCAAACGGGUCGGAACACGGCUCGGUCGGCUCCAAGAAGGGCCAAUCGUUGACGAAAAGCAAAAGCUUUUUGGGCGCACUGGUCGAUCUGCGCAAGAGCUACUCCGCCACCAUUCCACUAGACAGUCAUCUGGUAUCAGAGUUAUCACCAUCAUCUACGGCAGCUCCAUUACAAUCACCUUUGAACUUGAUGAACUCGUUCAGCCCAACGAUCCCCAAACAAAACCCAAGCUCAAACUUAAAAUCCCAACAUACUCAGUGUCUAGCCAACCAAGAAGUCGGGCAAGCUCUGGGUCUAUGUGUGGAUGCACUGGAGCAAGAGCUGUUCAAAGUGUCCUAUCAACCCGUAGAUUCUAGCCAAGGAUUGGCAUUAGGCGCUUUGAAACAUAUCAGGGAUGUCAUGUUAUCCGGGUUUAGCUCAAGUUUUGACUCGAAUGUCAUGAGUCCGUUGAUCGAAUAUCAGUCCGCUACCACCCAGCUCGCUUCUGAUCACCAGAACCUCGAGCAUUCCGUCUCCCACUCUUCCUUCCUAACCUUCAGUCCUACUUCUGCCCCCUAUGGUCCCUCCUGUUCCACUACCAUCGACUCUCCUGAAUUGACCUUCAAUCAAUCCAUCUCCGAGGGAAGUCUGGACUCUAUUCGAAUGACCCAGACCAGUUCGACCGUCUUGCCCACUGAAUCUCCCGCAUCAUGGUUGUCAAUGAACAAUGAGCGACGAAGAAGAUUGACAGGAAAGAUGAAGAAGGAGGAUGAUGAUUAUGAUGAUCGAGAGACGAAGGAAGGAUUAUCAGGUGGGAUUGAAGGACGAGAAAGAGAAGAAACGUCGGAACAAAGGCCCGAGGUCCAACCCCUUUCACCCUCGAUCUUCGGUACCAAGUUAUGGAUUCAAGCCAACAAUCCUGUCUCAUCCUCUACCGCUUCGUCUUCUUCUUCCCAUCGUCAUCAUCAGAAUUUCUCGAAUCGCCAGUCUAAACCCCGGCCCAAUGACCUGCUCCCCGUCCAUACUCUCCCUCCUGAUGACGGCCAUUCCGAGAGCUUGAUGUUGGUCGAAAGUCGCCAUCUCUCAUUCAAAUAAUCUCCCCCUUCACACACACACACAAGCUCCCCUUCCCCUUCUUUUUGGUUCGUCUGCCUUUUUCUUUUGCUAGAGGGAAGCAAAAACAUUCCUGUUUUUUUUUUAUUUCAAUUCAUCCUCAUCCUCUUGAACCAAAACCUGCACCUCAACCCGUUGUAAUACUUAAUCAGAGACUGUUGUUAUAUUGUUAUUGUUCUUCUCAUCAUCGUUCUUAUACUUGUUGUUCCUCGCCUUUUUGUUAUGGAAAGAGGAAAAUCUUGCACGAUUUUGUGAUACUACAACUUUUUCUUCUCUCAGACUGUUAAUUCACUUGGCUUUGUUGUGUUUUUUGGUGUUGUUUAUUGUAUAACAAAUAUUGGUUACAUUCCUGUUUUUCAUUCAUCCAUCUUUUCUUUCAUGGUAUGCAGCUUUUUUUUUCAUUGGAAGGAGAACCAAGCCUUGACUU